CAGCAUUGCACCGAUUCUACCUUAAACAAUGCAAUGUGAUUGUCUCUAUGUCCUGAACCCCUGAAUACCCGUAACUGUAUCGUGAAAAAAGGCAAAGGACUCCCUGCGCUCUUGUAGUAGGCAAUCAGCAUUGAUUAUGUUAUUAUAGGUAGUUGUGACAUUUCUUUUACAUGGCGCGUCGUACGCUAACUACAUAUUAAAACAAAAACGCUAAAAUAACGCAAUCGACCAUAACAAGUAGUAUCGUAAUACGACUAGCGUAAGCGUUACUCGAAAAACUCCACCAGUUCGCUCGACCGACUGGUACAGUGUAGAUUCCGAGCACAGCAUGGAAGCGACAGUGGCUCAGCUAGGGCUGAACAGUAGUGCAAUUCCGACGAUGAGUGUGUUGAUGCGUUUUCUGAUCCUUAAGUAUUAUUCGCAAUACUACAGCUUCUGCACGGUUGGAAAUGAUUUUCUCCAAGAUGUACCAUUGAGCAGAAUUGUGCUGUCGCUAUACGAUCAAUUGAACACCAGUAUGCUCCACGCAAUCGACAACGGCUGCCAAGCGUUCGUGGUUGACGAACAGGGUGCUGAACGUUUUCUCGAUCUUUACAUGCCGGUGCACGAUUUGGCCCGUCAGCGAUCGUUGGACAAAAGCUUGAUCCUCCUGAUAGCGAAGCGAAACCAAACGCACUUAUUCGAUCGCAUGCGAGUGCACGAAGCAUUUCGCGAAUUGGCGAACGUCCUGAUCGUAGUGUACGAUGAGCAGGAACGGCCUACUGAUCUCUACAACACCGACGUCGAUAUGUCAGAUGUACUUGAGCGAAGCGUGAACGUUGCUAUGGAGCUAGUCGCGGUAAAAUGGACCAGUUGGAAGAAUCACUCUUUUUUCCCAGACAAAGCCAGAGAUCUGAAUGGUUACAUGUUGCGAACGUCCAUGUGCAACUAUUUGCCGUUUACGGGCUAUGAGCGACUGGACCAAGAAACUGGCAAUGCCUUCGAUUCCGCGACAGGCAAGCGAUCGAUAUGGUUGGAUGGCACAGAACUACAGCUCCUAGUUUCGUACUGUGAGCGUCGUAAUUGCAACAUUAUGGUGUUCCCAGAGGAUGAAGACGAGUGGGGCGAUGUCUACCCGAAUGGCACCGGAAUUGGUCUGAUGGGCAGUGUGGCCGAACGACGCACAGACAUUGCCUUUGGAGCAUUUUACCUUUGGUUCAAGCCGUACAACUUCUCCUCCUAUACCGCCACCAUCAGCCGAUCUGGAGUGACCGUGCUCGUGCCGAAACCGAAGCUGCUACCGCACUGGCGUACCCCGUUUCUUUCCUUCUCAUGGCCACUAUGGAUUGCCGUGAUGGUCACAUUUCUUGUCGGCAUUAUAGCUACUUGGUUGGCGGGUACGGUGCGUCUUCGAUUGUUGCUACUGUCCGCUCCAACCGAUCAGCCGUGGACUGGUCGAUCAGAUCUGAUUUCUGAGCAGCUUACGCUGAGCGAUGCCGUGCUUAUGAUGGUUGGCUUCUUCGUAGCACAAUCAUCGCCCAUUCGAACUGACCUAUGGUCGUGCGUGUGCCUGUUUGCCUCGUUGCUGCUGGCCGGAUUUAUGGUAAGCAAUUUGUACAGUGGCGGACUUGCCAGCGUCAUGACGGUUCCGAAGUACGAAAAAUCGAUCGAUACUGUCGUUGACUUUGCGGCGACCGGCAUGAAAUGGUUUGGUCCCACGCCGUACUGUUUGGAGGAGAUUUGGAACGCGUCUGAGCCUCACUUACAGCAAAUUCAAAAGACCUACAUUGCAGCCGGCCCGGAAGAGAUGAACCGAUACGCGCACAUGGGCGGCAGCGGGUUUAUUAUCGAGCAAGCGCAGCACGGUAAUUUUGCACCGAGUAACUUUCUUGAUCGGCAAGUUUCGACAACCUUGCAGCCGCUGAAGGACUACGUCUACACGCAGAACUGUGCGGCACUGAUAACCAACACUAAUCCGUUGCGGUCCAAUCUGAACGAGUACAUCCUGCGGGUUCAGCAGUCGGGUCUGCUAUACCAUCUCGGUAUCCGGACCGCCAUUCGAUACCUGCCAACGGACGUGAUGCGAAACAUCGAGCGUUCGCGAAUGCAUCAGCACGACGACGGUGCGGUAAGAUUGGAAUUGGGGCACUUUUUGGGUGCAUUUUUCAUACUGGGCUAUGGGUUGUUGUGCGCUAGUCUCGUGUUUGUGGGAGAACUCUGGGGCACAGUGAUGAUGCGACGAUGGAAUGACACGUUUGUAAGCACGGCGACCGUCGUUACUGCCUACUGAACCCUCGCAGAGCAUCUUUUCGGUUGAGCGUAGCUCUUGGUACACCAGGAUUUGUUAUAUUAGGUGGUGAAGUAUCGAAAUAAAGCGUAAAAACACAUUUGGGAAUACUCACGUAAUAAUGAAAGGCAGAUAACGCUGCAACACACUACAGAUGCCAGUGUGGUAUAUUGCUGAACUGCAAUAAUUAUGUUUCGAUCGUGGUUCGACGAUGCAACCCACUCCAUUGCUAGGUUGCAUUUUCAGAGCCCUUCCCUUCUCUAUCCUCUCCAUCAUAA